UAGAAGCUUCAUUGGGGCCUUUCCUUUUGCAGUGGGACCCCAUGAUUACCACGUUGCCUGGCCUCUACCUGCUGUCGGUCGGGGUGGUCAAGCCGGCCCGCUGGAUCUUCGGCUGGUCGGAACAUGUCGUCUGCUCCAUUGGAAUGCUCAGAUUUGUGAAUCUGCUCUUCAGCGUUGGCAACUUCUACUUACUGUUUCUGCUUUUCCGCAAGGUACAACCCAGACACAAGGCUGGCUCAAGUGCCCAGAGAAUCUUGUCAACAUUAACCCUAGCAGUAUUUCCUACACUCUAUUUCUUUAACUUCCUCUACUAUACAGAAGCAGGAUCCAUGUUUUUCACUCUUUUUGCCUAUUUGAUGUGUCUUUAUGGGAAUCAUAAAACGUCAGCGUUGCUUGGAUUUUGUGGCUUCAUGUUUCGUCAGACAAAUAUUGUCUGGGCUGUCUUCUGCGCAGGAAACGUCAUCGCACAAAAGUUAACUGAAGCGUGGAAAACUGAGCUGCAAAAGAAGAAGGAAGAGAGGCUUCCCCCAAUCAAAGGACCGUUUUCAGAAUUCAGGAAAAUUCUUCAGUUUCUUUUGGUUUAUUCCAUGUCCUUUAAGAACUUGAGUAUGCUUCUCGUCUUGACUUGGCCGUACAUCCUUCUCCUGUUUCUGUUUUGUGCUUUCGUGGUAGUGAAUGGGGGGAUUGUUGUUGGCGAUCGGAGCAGUCAUGAGGUCUGUCUGCACUUCCCCCAGCUCUUCUAUUUUUUCUCUUUCACUCUCUUUUUUUCCUUUCCUCACCUACUGUCUCCUAGCAAAGUGAAAGCUUUUCUUUGCUUAGUUUGGAAACGUAGAAUUCAGUUUUUUGUGCUCACUAUAGUCUCUGUAUUUUUAGUUUGGAAAUUCACUUACGUUCACAAAUACUUAUUAGCAGAUAACAGGCAUUAUACAUUCUAUGUGUGGAGAAGAGUUUUUCAAAGAUAUGAAAUUGUGAAAUAUUUGCUAGUUCCUGUCUAUAUAUUUGCUGGUUGGAGUAUAACUGACUCAUUGAAGUCAAAGUCUGUUUUCUGGAACUUAAUGUUUUUCAUAUGCUUGUUUGCUGUUAUAGUACCUCAGAAACUGCUAGAAUUUCGUUACUUUAUUUUACCUUAUGUUAUUUAUAGGCUUAACAUACCUCUGCCCCCAAUAUCUAGACUUGUUUGUGAACUAGGUUGCUAUGCAGUUGUUAAUUUCAUAACUUUUUAUAUCUUUCUGAACAAGACUUUUCAGUGGCCAAAUAGUCAGGACACUCAGAGGUUUAUGUGGUAAUAUUACAGAUAUCUUGAACUCUAAAAUAGAUUUCCACAUUUCCACAUGAGCAACUGAACAGGUGAAAAUUAUGAACUUUUAGGCACAGUGGUGAUCCUCAGAUCACUUUAGAUGUUUUAUUUUUAAACAUCGGCUAUAUGUGUUUUAAACAUAUAUAACAAACCCAAGGGAGUUAAGUGGUAAAAAACUUAGAAACAUUUAAGACUUGCUCCAUAAGCCUGAGCAAUACUGGGAAAAUAAAAUUGUUUACAAUUAUCUCAUGAUAUCACUUUUGUACUGCUGGCCACUCAACAAGCUUGUGAACUUUUUAUAGAUAUAAGUUUAAGAAAAUUGGGCAUGCAUUGUAAUACUGGAACUUAUGUAUUAAUUCCCAAAAAACAAUAGUAGACAGAAUAUUUGAAAACUUUGCAAAUGAUCAGGUAAUAUUUUUGAUGGAAAAGUUGCUUAACAUUUCAGUAAAUAUAAUUUUAAUCAUAAGGCAAAAUAGACUCACAUCGAUAGUAAGUAUUAGAAAUUCCAGGCUCAUCUUUGUCUACCUAUGAUUUAAGUUACUGGUUUUGGUUAAAAAUCUAGGAAUGAUGAAGCUCCUUUCCUAAUUUCUAAUGUGAACUAUGUGAUGGCCACAGAUAAAUUGUGUUGAUGAUAAUACCUUUAAAAAGGGUUUUUCUUUUUGACAUAUGUUACUGUACUAGUUUUCUGUGGUUGCCAUAACAAAUGACCACAAACUCGGUGGCUUAAAAAUAUAUCUCACAGUUCUGGGGGCCAUAAAUCUCAAAUUAUGGUGUCGGCAGUCUUGGUUCCAUCUGGAGGCUCCGGGAGAACCACCCCCGUGCCUCUCUCCUGACUUCCGGUGGCUCUCUGCAGUCCUUGCUGCCUCGGUUAUAGAUGCAUCACUGCAGUCUCUCUGCCCUUUCUUGACAUGGCUUUCCCAACGGUCUUCUCUUCUUUAUCUUACAGGGACAAUGUCGAUUGUCUCAUGAUGACAGUAUUAAUUCAGUUAUACCAUCGGAGACCCUUUUUCCAAAUACGAUCACAUUUAUAGGUUCCAAGCAGACAUGUCUUUUUGUGGGACACUUCAACCCACUAAAGUUACCAAAGGAGAUUUUAGGAUACAUUUCAUGAAAGUGUAGGAUAUAAUUUCUUUGCUGAGAUAGUUGAGAUAAAAUUUUAAUCGUUAUUGAGAGGUUAAAAACACUAACUUUCAAGGCCAAAUAUAAAACUAGAGGUAACUGGUAUUUGAUUCCAUUAUACAAGAAAAGUUAGAAUUGAGAGAGGUUUAGAAAUCAUUUAACCUAAUCUUAUUUAGUAGAUUGGGGAACAGCUGAUUUAAUCUUGUGUGUGGGAUUUUGGAUUCUGUGUCUGCUAUUUUGGUACAUUCAUUUGAUUAUCAUUCCAUUACAGAAAAGUGUUUGGACAUGUUAACUCACAUGUAUACUUAGAACUGAAUAGAAUUCAUCUUUUAACUCAUUUUAUGUUUGUAAACAUUUUUAAGUAGCUUUGUGAACCUAUUUGUCUUAAAUGUUGACUAAUGCUUUCUCUGAGUUUUAAAUAAUGAGUGGGAUGGGAAAGUAUUCUGUGUUUGCAAAUAUAAAGUUGUGUACAGGUGAAAAUGACAAGUGUGGUGGAGCAAUAAAUAAAGAGCAAUCUUGUA